GAAAAAGACAGAUAAGUUUAGUUGACGCUAGAUAAAGUCAGAUAAGGGUAGUAAAGUGUAGCUAAGAGGAGAUAAGAUUUUCUAGAAAUGCUCACAGAGCUGCGAGGGGCGGCGCCCUUGGAGCCAGCCUCAGCCUCCCUAACUCCUGCAGGAGGCUACGAUCCCUUCGCCAACCUCGUGGCCGACCACAGCAGCGGCUCCUACACCCCCAGCAGGGGGGACGGUGCGGUGGUCGAGGUGCUUAUGGAGGGGACACGGACGCCCCCAGGCUGGGAACCUCCCCCAGGAGCGCUGGGGGAGCGUCCUGAUCGCUCCACGUCCCCCACCACCCCCACCGCUAUGGGUGCCAUCACCCUCCUCGCCUUCCUCAACCUGCUGGGGUACAUCCAGAACGUCUUGACGAGCAACAACGGCCGACGUCGUCGCAGCGUGACGGAUCCGACGUCACCGACGCAGCCCGACGUCAGCCUCGCUGCCGACGUCAGCACCGCUGCCGACGUCAGCACCGCUGCCGACGUCAGCACCGCUGCCGACGUCAGCCUGGUGUCGGACGGGAAAGGGGGGCUACGGGCCGCAGACCCCUACUCAUCACAUUCAGACCUCUACUCAUCUCAAUCAAAUUCUAUACACUCUAAUCCAAUAGACACUGACACUUACGCUACAGAACAUAGACAACCACAACCUCGGUCUGUAGACCCUAAUUUGACAGACCAACAUGGUUCUGCAGCCCCAGGUUUACAACAACCCCUACAACCCCUGCCCAGGGGGCGCUUGGGGUUCGACGCCCCCUUCACAGCGCUGGCAUACGACCUCAUUGACUACAUUAUUGGAGAUACCAAGCCUCCUAGGCCACAACUGCGUCAGGAGCACCGUUCCUGGUGGCCGUGGUCAUCCACCACCAAAACCAGCACUGACCCCGCCCUCAGUCAGGACCCUCCGUCUUCUAGGAGGUCCUCAUCCUCCCCAACACGAGGGGACAAAACCUCACCCGCAGUACGGAGGGGCUCCAUGCCCCCAGUCCCACCCAGAAGGGGCGUGGGCAGCUUCAUGCAGUCCCUCCAGCAGCAGGUGCGGCGGGCGGCGUCCGUGAUGGGCUUCCUCCACGAUCCUUCGCCUCUGCGCGUGCGUCGACAUGCGCCGGUGCAGCGCAGACGCCGGCGCUACACGGCCGGCAUGAACGCCUGGUACGACGAACUGGCGGGGCAGAACUACGGCAGUGAGCCGCCGGCAGAUGGUCUCUUCAGCCGGUUGCUGUUGGGGUUCGGUCGCCACAUCCUGGGGGUGAGAUCCCCCCAGCGCUAGAAGGCUCCCCUCGGGCACUCCCUCGGAUGAGGGCCAGCCGCCGAGGGUAGAAGGAUGCCUAAGGCUGAGGCUAUCAACAAAAAUGACUUUCAGCUCAGGAGGAAAAUGUUCCUGUUUUUUUUUGCAGGAUAAUUAUUGGAAAUACUUGAUUGCUCAUUUAUGAUAAAAUGUUAUAGUCGUUGUUGAGGCUCGUGUUGUUAUUGUUUUUACCGUUAAAGUUGUUAUUAUGUUUUUUAA